ACCCAAUAAAGUGGGUAAAGAGUUGCAAACCUUCAUCUUAUGCUCAGUCAUCGAGCUAACGUGCGCGUUUCGCGUGUCUUCAGGAACAGUAGAAAGUGUCAUCUUGAGGCUGUUUGAACCGAAACCAUGGCCAAGGACAUGACUCUGCUGUGGGGCAGCGGUUCUCCUCCCUGCUGGAAAGUCCAGAUCAUGCUGGAGGAGAAGCAGCUGCAGGGCUACAACCAGAAACUGCUCUCCUUUGACAAAAUGGAGCACAAAUCCCAGGAAGUUCUAGAUAUAAACCCGAGGGGUCAGCUUCCAUCGUUCAAACACGGAAACAUCAUCGUGAACGAAUCCUACGGCGCCUGUUUUUACCUGGAGAGCCAGUUUAAAAACCAGGGAACCAAACUGAUCCCAGAUGACACCGAUCAACAAGCUCUGAUGUACCAGCGCAUGUUUGAAGGCCUCACAUUCUACGAUAAAGCUGUUACCGUUAUCUACUAUGAAUAUUACGUCCCUGAAGGAGAGAGGCACGACUCAGCUGUGAAGAGAAACAAAGAGGCUCUGGUCACUGAGCUGAACCUCUGGGAAGGAUACCUGCAGAAGCUGGGCUCUGGCUCUUACCUGGCGGGACCGUCUUUCACACUGGCCGAUGUGGUUGUUUUUCCGACUGUUGGUUAUCUUUUCCGAUCUGGGUUGUCUGCUGAGCGCUACCCUAAACUGGGAGAAUACUACGCUCUGGUGAAGGAGAGACCCAGCGUCAAAGCCAGCUGGCCUUCUCAUUGGCUGGAGGACCCAAAGGGAGACGAGGACACCCUGAAGGACAUCUGAUAUUUACACUCUCUUUAUUGUGAUGUUCUGGUGUGACCUCUAAUGCAACGCUUUUGCUUUUGUCUACUAAAAGCUUAACUAACAGCUUGAUGAAUAUGAUACAGCUCAGAUUUUGAUUAUUGGUGCUGUGAAAGAAAUUGUUGGCUUAUUAAAAAGUUAUGAAUACAUUUGAGAAUUACAGGUGCAGCUUGUGUUGCCCUCAUACACUGUGUGUAUAACUAACAUGAAUCUGUGUUGACUCACACGUGCAGGCUACUACACCAAAGGUUUCUAAUGCAUUUAGAGUUCCUGUGAGGUCAGUGAGUGUUAAUGCAUUCAUAUCAGUUAGCAUUUCUUGGAGACUCUCUGCUGUCAUACUGUAUUAGCUGAUAUAUUGAGGCUAUAAUAUAAUUAGUGUGCACUGUAGAUUUCAAUCUCACAUCCUUGUCCCAGUAGAAAAGGUGGACAGAGUCGUUGAGGAUGAGACCUCUGUGUUCAUAGAAAUCACAGAAGUGGCUUGCUCUGCACAAAAGUAGCUCAGAUAUCCUGCAUUGUUCAAGAUUGCAUCCUUUGCAUGAUUUUUGCAUUUUCACUUUCAUGCACAGCCUCUUGGAGACACACCAGCCAUACUGUAUGUUCAACUAUGUCACUUAAACAGUAGAUAUAUAUCUGGUUUGCAGAAGUAUUUUUUUUUUAUGAUUGUGAACAUGGAUUUAUAUCCUACACACUGGAGAAGUGCAAGUUUGAUCCAAUUUCUGGUCCUUGUCUUUGCCCUUUGAUCUAAUUUAAAUGCUGAUGAUUACAGGAAUAACUGUUAUUUCAUAUGGAAGAGAUGAAAUAUCCAUCAUGGGGCUGACUCAGUCCUAAAGCUUCUACUGAUAAGAACAGAAGAAAUAAACUGUUUAUGGGGA